AUGCUAAUAGCAAAGAAUGGAGAAAUGAUCAACAAUACUGAGGAGGUUCAGAAGGAAAUAAUGGGCUUCUAUAAACAAUUGUUGGGUUCAACUUCUAAAAAUAUGUCAGCAAUACACCCUGGUAUUCUACAACAUGGAACCAGACUUAACAGGAGGCAACAACUCCAGCUCAUAAAACCAUUCACUAAGGAAUAUGUAUUGCAAGCCCUGAAAGGAAUAGAUGACAUGAAGGAAACUGGAGGAGAUGGAUUUAUCUCAUACUUUUUUAAGAAGGCAUGGCCUACUAUAGGAGAUGAUGUAACUAAGGCAGUUUUGGACUAUUUUGAAACUGGUACUAUGUACCAGCCUAUAAAUACUACCUCGGUUACCUUGAUCUGGAAAGUGAAAAACCCUUCCUCAAUUAAAGAAUACAAGCCCAUUUCCUGUUGCACUACUCUGUACAAAAUUGUGUAA